AUGGGUAAACCUGUCGAGGACCUGGCCGUGAUCCCCGGCGAUGACCUCCCUUGGUGGAAGCACGCCCACUUGCGGAAGCUCAAUUUCAUCACCUUGUCUAUGGUGUUGUUCUCUUCUGCCAACGGUUACGAUGGAUCCAUCAUGGGCGGUCUCCUCGCCCUUCCUCGAUGGAACGCCUUUACGCACAACCCCUCCGGCGCAUACCUUGGUUGGAUUACAGGUAUCUACUGGCUCGGGAACGGUAUAGCUUUCCCCAUCGCCGCCAUGUGCUCCAACCGUUGGGGUCGCAAGCCUGGCAUCUAUGUCGGAUACUUGUUCCUGGUUCUCGGUGUCGUCAUGCAAACGGCAGCCCAAAACGAAGCAACCUUCACCUACUCCCGUCUCUUCAUCGGUAUCGCCGCCUCGUGGCUCGGAAACUCGGCUCCUCUCUUGAUCAACGAGAUCGCCCACCCGAAGCAACGAUCCAUCGCCAAUGCCCUAUUCAUGGUCGGCUGGUACUUUGGCGGUACGCUCUGCGGUUGGGUCACUUUUGCCUGCCGUGACAUUGCCUCGGACUGGUGCUGGCGUAUUCCCGUCGUUCUUCAGAUUGUCCUUCCCUUCGUUGCCUUGCCCGGCUUCCUCUUGUCGCCUGAGAGUCCUCGUUGGCUGAUUAGUGUUGGACGCGUCGAGGAGGCCACCGAGAUUCUGGCUACUCACCAUGCAGGUGGUAACAGAAACGAUCCCUUGGUAACCUACCAGGUUGUUGAGAUCCAGGCCACCAUUACCGCAGAAAAGGAGGCUUCUUCCAGCGCUUCGUAUAUGGAUAUGAUCAAGACACCAGGAAACCGUCAUCGCCUCUUUAUCUCUGUUACUCUCGGUAUCUACGCCCAAUGGGCUGGUAAUGGCGUGGUGUCAUACUAUCUCCUCAUCCUGAACUCGAUUGGAGUCACAUCAGUCACGAACCAGACCUUGAUUUCGGCUUGCCUGAACGUCUGGAACCUGCUGUGGGCAAUCGCUGCCGCCACCAGCGUCGACAAGCUGGGUCGCCGUUUCCUGUUCUUGACUUCUGCCAGCGUCAUGUUGGUGAGCUUCAUCAUCAUUACUGGCCUCAGUGGUUCUUUCGCCACGACCCAGUCAUCGGCCAUCGGAUCCUCGGUCAUCCCAUUCUUGUUCAUCUUCUUUGCUGGAUACGACAUCGCCAUGACCCCCUUCCUCACGGCCUACCCUUGCGAGAUUUGGCAGUUCAGCCUUCGAUCCCGAGGUCUCACCGUCACCUGGUGCUCAACCGUCAUCGCUAUCUUCAUCAACACCUUUGUGAACCCCAUUGCACUGGAGGCUAUUCACUGGAAGUACUACAUUGUAUUCAUCGUGAUGCUUGCUCUUCUUUGGAUCACCGUCUUCUUCGCCUACCCCGAGACUCGCGGACACACCCUGGAGCAAAUGGCUGUCAUCUUUGACGGUGAUGAUGCUGCGGUUCCUCCUGCGGCUGCUGUGAGCGAGAAGACUGAGGCUUUGGUUACUCAUGGAGAUGAUGAGGAUAAGAGACAGUACCAGAGCGAUGCUGAACACAGAGUAGCAGAUUCACCACGCAGCAUGUCAAUCCGGCUCAUCGAAACGGAGACUCUCCAGUUGAGGCUCUUUACCGCCAAUUUAGCACCAGCUUAUGCUAUUCUCUCGCAUACAUGGGUCGACAAUGAGGAGGUCUGCUUCCAGGAAUUCACGCAAAUUAGUGAAACACCAGAUCACAAGGCAUCGCGAAAGUCUGGCUAUAAGAAGAUCGUGGCAACAUGCCUCGAAGCCAAGGCCAACGGCAUAUCGUACGCAUGGAUCGACACCUGCUGCAUCGACAAGACGAGUAGCGCCGAGCUCGGCGAGGCGAUUAACUCCAUGUUCGGCUGGUAUCGUGAUGCCAAGGUAUGCUACGCCUUUCUCUCAGACUGGCCAGCCGCCGGUGAUAGGGGGGAGUCUACCGACGAUGCUUUGAAGGACUGCAGAUGGUUCACCCGCGGCUGGUGUCUCCAGGAACUCAUUGCGCCCAAGGUCCUCCGAUUCUACGACGAGAAGUGGAACUUCCGAGGACACAGGUCAGACUUCAGGGGCGCCAUCUCUAGAAUCACGCGGGUGGAUGCGGACGUGCUAGGGGACUGCACACUACUUGAUUCGAAGCCGGUGGCGCGCAGGAUGUCAUGGGCAUCGAGACGGACUACAACGAUGGUUGAGGAUAUUGCCUACUGUCUCAUUGGAAUCUUCGACGUCAACAUGCCGAUGCUAUAUGGCGAGGGCGACAGGGCAUUCCUUCGCCUGCAGGAGGAGAUCAUCCGGCGUUCAAACGACAUUUCCAUAUUCUGCCACGCGCCGCUGCGCCCUGAAUCAACGACAAAAUUUGAUGGGGAAGAAAAGAUGCCGCAAGAUCUUUCAGACCUUUAUUUCUGCGGCAUGCUCGCCAAGUCUCCAGAAGCAUUUUCUGAAUCCAACAGUAUCUCGCGUAUUAGAGGGACGUUGCUGGACGGACGAGAGUUUUCCAUGACCAAUCGCGGGAUCCGAUUCGGCCGGCGACGGUUUUUCGAGGUUCCGGAGAUUAACUGCCUGGGAAUGAAGCUUGACUACGCUGCUUCGCCAAAUUGCAAGAACCCAGAGAUAUUCAAUAACGAGCCUGCGGCUUAG